UCUUACGGCAUUUUAAGUUUCAUAAUUAUAAAUAUAAAUAUAUUAUAAUAAACGCUUUAGUUAUAAUUGUAACUGGAUAUUAUGUUGACACUUUAAUGUUAUAUUUUUGAAUACAAAUGCGAUGUAACAAGUUACUGUUUACAGGUGGUAGGGCUUUGUGCAAGCUCUUCUGGGUAGUUACCACCCACUCGUCAGAUAUUCUACCGCAAAACAGCAAUACUUGAUAUUGUUGUGUUCCGGUUUGAAGGUAACGGCUCGUAAAAUUCCUAUAUUGCCUUCGGUCGGAAACAGCAAAACGCACGUAUGGCCCUCAUGUAUUCACCACUCGCUAUUCUGAUAUUAUCUCAUUAUUUAGCGGAAGGGAACGUAUUGAAUUUAAUAAACUCAUCUUCAACACCAACAGUAUCAAUUUUAGAUCCAAAAAGAAGGAAUGAUAUCGGUGGCAAAGCGUUUUCAGAACAAAAGGAUAUUCUACUAGACAUGUUAGAAGCUAAGUUAAAAGAAGUCCGAGAUAAAAAGAAGAAAAAGACUGAUCAAGUUGAAAACCGUAAUGAAGCUGUAGAAACAAAAUGUGAAUUGCAACCGAAUGAUAUAGAUCUUAACAUAAAAGCAAAUGGAAUAAUAGCAGUCGGUGAGACUGAUAUACGGUUGAAAUUUGGAGAAUCGGGUAAUAGUACAUUAAAUUUAAACGCUACGGGCAUUUCUAAUGUAGGAAAAACCCAGCUCAGACUAGGUGUUAGCGACGGCACCAUCUAUAUACCAGGGUUAAAUAAUUUACUAAGAGGUACUUCAGACCUUAGAAAUCCCUGCGAUAAAAAAAUUAAAAUCAGAGAAAAUGAAAACAACAACAAUGAGAUCAAUUUAGAUGACGCACCUCAGUUUAGAAGAAGCAUAGAAUUUAACAAUACACCUUCACUUAAUGAUGUUAAUGACAUAUUAAGUACUGAAACAACGCCCGAUCCCCUUGUAAUUAAUUCUACUGAAGAAAGCGUAACCGUCGCCUUAUUAAGCUCAGACGUUUCAGCUACGGGAGCUGUGGACGAGUAAAAUAUGAGUAACUAAAAAGCGAUAAGUAAACAUGUUAAAUCAGGAUGUCAAUGAUAUUUUACACAAUAUACUAACAUUGUGUUUUAUUAAUAUUAGUCAAGUACAUUAAGAAAUUAUAAAUGUAUGU